GAAGUUGUGGCGGAAGGACUAAGUUGGAACCAAUUGCGUGGCUCCUGAGGGCGGCAGCGCGGUCAGCGGCGGCGCUGAAGAGACCGGUUGCCGCCAUGAUAGAACAGCAGAAGCGUAAGGGCCCAGAGUUGCCGCUGGUCCCAGUCAAGCGGCAGCGGCAUGAGUUGCUGUUGGGAGCGGGGUCGGGCCCCGGAGCCGGGCAGCAGCAGGCGACGCCGGGAGCUUUGCUGCAAGCGGGACCUCCAAGGUGUUCCUCCCUUCAAGCCCCAAUCAUGCUGCUCUCUGGACAUGAAGGGGAAGUAUACUGCUGCAAGUUCCACCCUAACGGAUCCACCUUAGCAUCUGCAGGAUUUGACCGACUGAUAUUACUGUGGAAUGUCUAUGGUGACUGUGAUAACUAUGCCACACUGAAGGGACACAGUGGAGCAGUGAUGGAAUUGCAUUACAACACAGAUGGCAGUAUGCUCUUCUCAGCAUCCACAGAUAAAACUGUGGCUGUGUGGGAUAGCGAAACAGGUGAGAGGGUUAAAAGGCUAAAGGGACAUACUUCCUUUGUGAAUUCCUGUUAUCCAGCCAGGAGAGGCCCUCAGCUUGUCUGCACUGGCAGUGACGAUGGCACAGUUAAGCUUUGGGACAUCCGGAAGAAAGCAGCCAUCCAGACAUUUCAGAACACGUACCAGGUGUUAGCUGUGACCUUCAAUGACACAAGUGAUCAGAUUAUUUCUGGUGGAAUAGACAAUGAUAUCAAGGUCUGGGACCUGCGCCAGAACAAGCUAACCUACACCAUGAGAGGCCAUGCAGAUUCAGUGACUGGCCUGAGUUUAAGUUCUGAAGGCUCUUAUCUUUUGUCCAAUGCAAUGGACAAUACAGUUCGUGUCUGGGAUGUCCGGCCAUUUGCCCCCAAAGAGAGGUGUGUAAAGAUAUUUCAAGGAAAUGUGCACAACUUUGAAAAGAACCUCCUGAGAUGUUCUUGGUCACCUGAUGGAAGCAAAAUAGCAGCUGGCUCAGCCGACAGGUUUGUGUAUGUGUGGGAUACCACAAGCAGGAGAAUAUUGUAUAAGCUGCCCGGCCAUGCUGGCUCCAUCAAUGAAGUUGCUUUCCACCCUGACGAGCCCAUCAUUAUCUCAGCAUCAAGUGACAAGAGACUGUAUAUGGGAGAGAUUCAGUGAAGAUAUGGACUGGAAGACUCCAAGGCCGCUUGUCUUUGAGACCUCAGGCUGCAUAAGUGACGCCAAAUGUUGGAUGUCCAGGCUAGCACUCUCCCUUCAGAUGACCAUUGCUAGCAAGAAACAGGAGGCGGUGGCCAUAUUCCAAAAACCACUUCUGUCCCAUUUCCCAUUUCACCAGGAGGACUAAGGCAAGCUCCCCGUGGCCUCUAAAAACCACCUGCCAGAUUUCAGGGACUGUUUUAUUUUUUCUUUUUCUUUUUUCCUGUUUUCUAAUGCAGGCCCAAUGUGACAAAUUUGUUGGUUGGGAUUUUUUUUUUUUUUUUUUUUUUUGUAACUGGCUUGUGUGAUAUUUUCUUUCUGUAUUUCUCUAAAUCAUUUUGUAUUAAAAGCCAAAUAGAUGCCUUUUUAUAACAGCCAUGUGGAUGGGAUUUAUUGCUGUCUUUUUUUUGAGGCUUGAUUGCUAUAAAUCAGAAUAGAGCAUGAUGUGGCCACAGAAUACAAUUCAUUUAAACUUC